AUGAGAGAAGUAUUAUUUUGUGUGUGUAUUUAUAUAUGUAUUUUAUAUAUUUCAGAUUCUGCUGUCUCAGGAACCAGCAGAAGACCCGAUACAAACCCAUUUUUAGCACCUCGAUCUGCAGCAGUGCCUCUCAUAACACCUGCUAGUAGUUCUGGACAUCUGCUUAUGAAGCCAAUUUCUGAUGCUUUACCCACCUUUACACCACUGCCAGUGUCCCCUGAUGCCAGUGCUGGUGCUGUAUUAAAAGACCUUCUAAAACAAUAGAUGAUCUUGAAGCCAAUAUAAUGAUAUUAGCACUUUAAGAAAAAUGAGAACACUAUGUUGUAUAUAAUAUACCACAAAGGGGCCUUUUUGUAAAAAGUUGUGUACUUGUUUGCAAUUUGACUUUGUUUUUCUUUUCAUUAUGAACUAACCAGCGCUUUGGAAAUUCUGAUGAUUGCAUGAGU